CAGAAAUCGGCCGUGUGGAAGCACAUUAACGAUUGUCUCUUUUCGCUCCGGUUUUCUUGCUUCUGGGGUUGAAUCUAUCGGUUUCCGUGCUACGUUCCGGCAGGAAAAUUCUGGGAGUCUGAGUCUUUGCGAUCAAAGUUUUGCAUCGAAGCCUAACCCGUACCGACGUCAUCCACACCAGGGACACACUCUCCAGACUCUUUUUCUCGCUCCUCUCCCCAUCGCAUUCAUCUUCAGCCAUAAUGUCUUCCUCUCCCACUCCGAGUGCCUCUGACAAGGCGUCGAAAGGCAUCGAGCGACUUCGAUCGGCCCUCUAUGGCCGAAUUUCUCAAACGGACAACGCGAUAGCACAUCUCAAUCGAGUGCUUGCGACAAGCAACGGCACCGACGCCUUUUUAUCCACAGUCACUUACACUCUCCGACUCCUGCACCUCUACUUACGGUCAUUAUCAACACUGCAGCUUCAUGCCUACGCUCGGCAAGUGUUGACCAAAGCGCUUACUUUACCCCCGGAUACUUCCAUUGCCAUCCCCGCUGCACAGCUGCGAUCGGCCCAACUUGCGACCUCUGUUCGUAAGCUUUCUAGCAUUAUCAGCGAAGCACGCACAUUCUUGCGUCUCUGGGGAUUAUUGGGAAUCUGGGAAUGGGCAGCAGAUGUCAAGCGAUCGCCACCCAAAGAUCAUAUUAUCCGAUUCAUCGUGCGCACUCAAGUAUUGGUAAACAUAUUCUACCAGAUUUUUGAAAAUGGCGCAUACCUAGCCGGAAAGGGUGUGCUUACGGGCUGGGACUCUCGACGUAUCAAUAAAUGGGAUCUAUGGAGUACUCGCUGCUGGGCUGCCCAUGUUUUCUUGGACUUGGCCAAGCUGUGGCGAGAGCGUGUCCUUGAGAAGCAGGCUGGUGGCGAUGAGAAAGACAAUGUAGCAAAGGCUACGAAAGAGAGGAAUGCCACGGCCCUUUUGAACAAUACAUGGAGCAGGAAGCUCAUCCUCAAUUCGGCAUAUGCGCCGCUUACCAUCCAUUGGAGUUUGGAGAAUGGGCUUGUGAGCGACUUCUGGAUUGGUUUACUGGGCUCGGUCACCGGUAUCAUUCGUCUUCGACAGGCAUGGAAGACCACAGCUUAAGAUCAACGUGGUUUGAAAGAUUCAGUCAAAAGGUUGCGACAUGGGGCUGGUUCCCAUUGUAUUAUAGAGAACGUAAUACCAUUGUAAUGUACAUACGGCAGUAGAUUUCGGGCUCAUGUUUGGAAAUUGAAUAUGAUACACAAUAUUUCUUUCAUUUGGCCAUUAUUUCAUUACACAUUUCGCAAACUUUGGUAACACAGCUUGCAGGAGCGUCGAAUGAUUGGAGUACGGAUGCCGCAGAACUCCGUAAAUCCGCCGUUGUAGCGAUGAGAUAAGGUUAAAUUGGGGCCAGGGGCACACCUGACGUAACAACAGCC